AUGUCCUCAACGCCAAGCUCCUCCCCACGUGUCUCAUCCGCAAUCUCACCUCCCUCUUCCUCCGCCACCCCUCUCUCGAUUUCACUCAUGCCGCCGCCUCCCCUCCCCUGCCCUGCCCUCCCCUGCCCUGCCCUCCCCUGCCCUGCCCUCCCCUGCCCUGCCCUCCCCUGCCCUGCCCUCCCCUGCCCUGCCCUCCCCUGCCCUGCCCUCCCCUGCCCUGCCCUCCCCUGCCCUGCCCUCCCCUGCCCUGCCCUCCCCUGCCCUGCCCUCCCCUCCCCUGCCCGCCCCCAUCAGGACCCCAAACAGUCUGGAGCCACAGGUGUUGCCUCUGCCUGCCCCAACGCCAAGCUCCUCCCCACGUGCCUCAUCCUCAACCUCAGCCCUCUUCCUCCGCCACCCCUCCCUCGACUCCACUCUCGCACUCGCGCAUUCUCACCUCUCUACCUUCCUCUUUUCCCUCUGUUGGUCCUCCCAUUUCUCCCCAUUACCUCCCCGCGCCCUCCACCCCCAAUCAGGACCCAAAGUCUUCAGGAGCCGCCUCCGCCCCCCCAUGCCCCAACGCCAAGCUCCUCCCCACGUGUCUCAUCCGCAAUCUCACCUCCCUCUUCCUCCGCCAUCCCUCCCUCGAUUUCACUAUCGCUGCUGCCUCCCCUCCCCUGCCCGCCCACUCCGUGUACUCCGCCUUCCACCCCAACCGCACCCCCCUGCUGCCCCACACUGCUGCAUGGCGGGCAGAGCACUGCGGGGAAAGAGGGAGUGUAG